AUGUCCAAUCAGCGAGAGCCAUACUUGCGGCGUGGAAUAAAUUUGACGGCCCAGGAGUUUCAAAAACAGAUGAACGAUAGCCUGCCCCGCGUGGAAGCGGCAUUGAUGCAAGUGGUGGGUCAACAAAAUGACUUGGAGUGCACGAGGUGCCUACAACUGUUCGGCAAGUUCUCUCACUGUGUCUCGGUUCGCGGGAUCAACGGUCUUUCAGCCUGCGCCAACUGCCAUUGGGCAGAACGUGACCACCUUUGCCAAUACAUGCACAACCUUCCGACCCUUACUAAAUCUACAGCCAGACUUGAUCCCAUUAACCCUCUCCGAUUUUCCCCUGAGAGAAGAACCAAUUGGCAAACCAUUCAGCGCAUGAACGAGGACAUCCGGCUUUUUAACCAUCACUUAAAGCUCAUGCAAGAGCAGGGGGAGCUUUGUAGACAAGCCCAAAGUCUUGGAACUCAGCUGGGGCAACUCCAAGAUGAACUGACUGCCGCCAAUACCACCACCGUUACAGGUCAACAACCAAUGCAGCAAACCGUGAAUGAUAUUCGUGCUUCUCAGCGCGAGCUUAACCGUGGACUUGGACGCAGUAUGAUGAAUAUCCUCAAUAUGAUGGAAAUCAUAACCAGGAGAGCUCAUUCUGGUGUCUCCCAAUCCACACAAGCCAUGCCGAGUGAUUCAGAUCGAACCUAA